GAGGGCACAGCGCAGGCGCAGAGGAGUGAGACUCGCUCAUCUUCCAUCCCUCUCCAGCCUCUGCAGUUUCGUUCAACGGCUGAAGGACCACGCGGGGAGGGGGGAGGGGAGUGGAGUUGAGGGAGAAGGGAGGGACUCUCCGGGAAGGUGAAGUCACACUUUCUUGGCUGCAACAUGGAGGAUACGAGUGGAAUGGAUGAAGCGGUUUCCGGGGAGGUUGUGUCCGUCGCACAUGCUCUUUCUCUCCCAGCGGAGUCUUACGGCAACGAUCCAGAUAUUGAGAUGGCCUGGGCUAUGAGAGCAAUGCAGCAUGCUGAAGUGUAUUACAAGCUGAUUUCAUCAGUUGACCCACAAUUCCUGAAACUCACCAAAGUGGAUGAUCAAAUCUACUCUGAAUUCAGGGAGCAUUUUGAGAAACUCAAGAUAGAUGUUUUGGACCCAGAAGAACUCAAGUCAGAAUUGGCUAAAGAAAAAUGGAGACCAUUCUGCUUGAAGUUUGGUGGGAUUGUAGAAGACUACAACUAUGGUACUUUACUGCGACUAGAUUGUUCUCAGGGCUACACAGAGGAAAAUACUAUCUUUGCCCCCAGGAUACAGUUUUUUGCCAUUGAAAUUGCUAGGAACCGAGAAGGUUAUAACAAAGCAGUUUAUAUCCGUGAUCAUGACAAAGAAGGAGUGAAAACUGGAGGUGAGGAGGAAGGAAAGAAAGGAGCCGACAGUGAAGAAGAAGACAAAGUAGAGAAAAGAGCACAGAGUAGAGGAGAAGAAGGAGUCACCAGAGAAGAAGAAAAAUAAAACUGACAAAGGAAGAGAAAAAGACAAAGAUGACAUGUCAACCAAAGCUGUGAAGCAUCUGUGUAAGGUAGACAGUGAAUAGAACUCUGGAGACUGAGACUCAAAUGAGGCUGUAAGUGCCAUGGUGCUACUUGCACGGACCCCUUUGGCUAAAUGUAUAUCACUGUCAGUUGAAAGACACUAUUAGGAAAUCUAUCUAGCCUAAUAAUGAGGAGCUGCUCUGGUUAUUCCCUUGUGUGAACUGACUUAAAGACUACUAGUCAGGUCCUAGUUAAUUGUUUUCUUGAUUUGUGAUUUCUUGACUUAACAACUGCUGGCCAAGGAAGAAGUUUUGUAAAUAAAUUUCUCUUGGCUCUUAUGAUUAUCUAUAUCUGUGACUUCUAAAACAUUUACAAUUAUUAGACACUUCAAAUUUUUUUCAGGUAUAUAAUGUUUCUACCAUGUCAUGUAAAACGAUUGCUUCAUGUUUCUUAAUUCUUCUUACUAUUUGCUAUAGUGAAGUUCUCUCAACUUGUCAAGUUGUACUUGAUCCUAGGAUUAGAAGUUCUUAUAUAGGAAUUGAUUUUCACCCUUAGAGUGAUUACAGCUUUCUAAUUUCUUUUCCUAUAUCUGAAAAAGACCUGAAAAGUACUCUAUGAGAACAGUAGUAGCCUGAACCAGUCAGAAUAGUGAAAGCAGCCCUCCUCAUGGUAGAAAGAGCAAGACCUGGACCUAUUUCAGUACUUCUAUUUUGAUAACGAAGUUGUUCUCUCAAAGCUAGAAAAUAAUAAAUAAAAUAUAAAGUCUUCCA